ACUUUUGACAAAGUAAAAAUGAUUUUAUUUGCAAAAGAAUUUAUCAAACAUUUACAAGCAAAAAAGGCCAAUAUAUAUGAUGUUAUAUUUUUCAUACAUUCUAAAUGGACCGCAGUCAUUUUGUGGAUCUUUACAUUAUUGCUUUCUGCUAAGCAAUAUUUUGGCGAUCCAAUUGAAUGUAUGACAGACUCAAAAUUUAAGAACUACAUUCAUUCUUACUGUUGGACGAUGGGCACUUUUUUAAUUCCAAGCUCGACGGACGAUAUGAGAAACGAAAUAGCCGUAGGCGUUGGUCCACGGAGAUUUGACAAGGAGAAUGUAAAUUUGCGCUAUUAUCAGUGGGUUGUCGUAGUUUUGCUCCUAGAAGGUUUAUUGUUUUACAUGCCAGCCUUUCUUUGGGAAAUAUGGGAAGAUAAACGUUUGGAGCAACUAUGCUCAGCAGUUGUUGCACCAUUGAUAACAAUCGAUGAACAUAAAAAACAUAAAAAUUUGAUUAAAGCGUAUCUUUCGAAAGACAACAGAAAUACACAUCAACAAUACGCAAUGAAAUAUUUCAUAUGUGAAUUCCUUAAUUUGAUGAUAAGUAUUGGCAAUAUAAUAUUUCUACACUUCUUCCUGGAUGGAUUUUGGUCCAAGUAUAUGAAAGCGUUGUAUACUAUUUCUUUUAAUAAUUGGCACCUUUGGAAUCAACAUUCUUCACAAAUAUUUCCAAAAAUGGCCAAAUGCACUUUCUAUACAUAUGGUCCAAGUGGCUCUAUUAAAAUCCAUGACGCUCUUUGCAUGUUACCUUUGAAUGUACUCAACGAAAAGCUGUUUGCUUUCCUUUGGAUUUGGUUUGUACUCAUGUCAAUCUUAGCAGCUCAAAAAUUAAUUUACCGUUUGGCGUUAAUCGCUUUUCCUACUAUGCGUGUACACUUAAUUCGCAUAAACGCACGUCACAUGGCUGUCCAGGAUAUAAGACAAAUACUGGCUAAGAAGUGUUAUGGUGAUUGGUUUUUAUUAUAUAAAUUAAGUCGUAAUAUUAAUCCACAUUUUUUCCAAGACUUGAUGUCUGAACUUUUGUUAAAAGAAAAACUUUGA